AAUAUCACGGGUUUCCCCUGAAUUUCAUUUUCUUGUACUCACACAAAUUCAGUGUCCAAUUUUCGCGGGAAUUCUCUCUCCUACCGAUGGUUCUCUUCAUUUCUUCCCCCUCCCCAUCUUCUCUCUCUCAGCGCCUUCUGUUUUGAUGAUUCCCCAAAUCUCAUAAACAAUUCUUCAAAAUCAAAAACCCAAUUUGCUUAACUAAUAAGCUUUUUUUUUCUAAUCUUUAUCUUCGUCACCAAAACACCCACUUUUUCAAUUUUUAAGUAUUUGUUAGUUGAGGGGUAGGUCGUACUCUGACGAUCUUUAGCGGCAAUUUCAAUUUUUAAAGUCAAAAAUGGGUUUGAAUGACAAAUGGAUUCAAACUUUAGAGUUUGAUAGGAUUGUAUCGAGUUCUGAGACGGGUUUCGCAGAUGCUCUGCAAAUUGAGGAACAGAGAAGAUUCUAGAAAGGCGCAAUGAAGAACGUGGUGGUCGGGAUCAGAAUCGAUGGCCAUGGCAGAGAGCUCCUCAAUUGGGCUCUUGUGAAAGUUGCAGAGCCCGGCGAUCAUGUAAUUGCAGUAAAUGUUUGCAGAAAUUCAGAUUCCAUUGCAAAAGACAAACCCUUGUUGGAUGAUUAUUUGGAAGCUUAUGAAGGCAUAUGCAAUGCAAAAAAGGUUGACCUCACUGGUCAGGUCUUGAUAGGAAGUUCAAUCCGAAAGGGUUUGGUGAAAGAGGCGAAAAACCGUGCUGCGGUGGCUGUGAUUGUGGGGAUAAGCAGAGAAAACCCUCUCGGGAGUUGGGCUUCGGUUGCUAAGUACUGCGCAAAGCGACUACCUCCAACCACCGACGUUCUGGCUAUCAAUGGUGGGAAGAUUGUCUUCAGAAGGUCUCCGGUUGAGCAACUACCAGGGCUCAGGGGAGAUACAAUGCCAAGUUUUUCCCACAUACGAAAUCCGUCGCUCAUCGAUAACCAAUCUGAAUUUGGCGAUUCCCAGACAUCAGAGGCUGCAAGACACAGCUAUGAAGUGAUUCAGAGCUCCAAAGAUGGAUCAAAGGAUACUGAUAAUUUGAGUCCUGUUCAAAAACACAAAAAACAUCUUACGACUUCAUUUUCAUUUCUUUUGGAGGACUUCGCAGAAAAGAGGGCGGGUUGGCCUUUGCUCCGGACAUCCACUCCGGUGACUCCACCAGCUGAGGAAGCUAGAAAAAUGACAGUGGUGCAGUGGGUAAUGAGCUUACCAAACCGAUCUCCACCAGAAACUCCUCAAUCCACGACUAGUUCUAGCUCAAUCGAAACAGAAAUUUCUUUCACAAGAAAGAGCCUCAAAUCUAUAGACAAAAGUGAUAAAUCAAAGUACAGUGAGCUAAUAGAGAAUUUGGACAAGCUAUUCGAAACAAAUUCAUCUGACUGCAAAUGGUUCAGCUAUGAUGACAUGAAGACUUCUACUUUGCAAUUCGCCUCAGAUAAGCUUAUCGGUAAAGGAGGGUGUAAUCAAGUCUACAAAGGGCUUCUUCCUGAUGGGAAGUUAGCAGCCGUAAAGGUUUUAAAGUCAUGCAAAGAAGCAUGGAAGGAUUUCACCCAAGAAGUCGACAUAAUGACCUCAUUGAAGCAUAAAAACAUUGCGCCUCUUCUUGGCAUUUGUGUUGAAGAUAAUGACCUAAUCUCUGUUUAUGAUUUCUUGUCUAGAGGAAAUCUAGAGGAAAACCUACAUGGUAAUAACAAAGAAAAAUCUGUAUUGUCAUGGGAAGUGAGAUUCAAAGUAGCUGUCGGGAUCGCAGAAGCCCUAAAUUACCUGCACAACGAAUGUUCUCUGCCAGUCAUUCAUAGAGAUGUCAAGUCUUCAAAUAUUCUUCUUUCCAAUGAGUUCGAACCACAGCUAUCGGAUUUUGGGCUGGCGAUAUGGGGGCCAUCAGUUUCGUCAUUUCUGACAGACAACGACGUAGUAGGAACUUUCGGGUAUCUUGCUCCCGAGUAUUUCAUGUAUGGCAAAGUCAGUGACAAGAUUGAUGUCUACUCUUUUGGUGUAGUUCUACUCGAGUUGUUAUCAGGGAAGAAACCAAUCAGUUCUGAGACUGCCAAGGGCCAAGAAAGCUUGGUCAUGUGGGCAAAACCAAUACUAGAGACGGGAGAUCUAAGAAGCAUACUGGAUCCAAAUCUUGAUGACAAUAUUGAUGACGUUCAAAUUAAGAGAAUGGUUCUUGCAGCGAGGCUCUGCCUCACAAGAUCAGCUCGGAUUCGUCCUAAAAUGAGCCAGAUACUGAAAAUCAUGAAAGGAGAGAAAGCCGAUGAUGAAUGGGCGAAAUCCCAGUUGGGAGAUCAAACAGACAAGGAAAACCAGGAAAACGAUGAUGAUGAAGUUUAUCCCCAUUCGAGCGCAGAGUCCCAUUUGGGCCUUGCAUUGCUCGAUGUGGAUGACAGUGAUACCUCUACAUCAUUCGGCAGUGUGGAGCAAAGCAGCAGGAUUUCCUUGGAUGAGUACUUGAAAGGACGAUGGAGUCGAUCAUCAAGCUCAGAUUAGCUUCUCAUCACUUUCUUAAAAAUCUUCAAUUAAUUUACAAGACAAUUCUGUGGUCAGUUGAGCUUGAAGAAUGUGUAGUUUGUGCGUGUACAGUUUAGGAAAAGUUGUCACCCAAUUGUGAGGUGGUUUGUAGAUGUAUAGACAUUGUAUUCCUAUGGCAGUGUUAUGAAAGAUCUAGUAGCUCCUGGGAUAUUAAAGAGUUUUAAAUAUUCUUCAUAGGAAUAAGAAUCACUUUUUUUCUUUCUUUUUUUA